UUUAAACCUGACAAGAUGGCGGAAGGGGACGCGGCUCGGUGUGGGCAGCGAGUAGGGCUGCCCCGGCUACAGCCAGACUUGGCAGGCGAAAACUAUGUGGAUUCAGAAGAGAAUGCCUUUUUGGAUCCUAAUGAAGAGGUGGUUAUAGAAAAGCCCGGCCCAAUACAAAUUGUUCUUGCUCAUGAAGAUGAUCAUAACUUUGACCUGGAUGAAUCAGCAUUGGAGAGAAUCUUGCUUCAGGAACACAUAAGAGAUCUCAAUAUAGUAGUUGUUUCUGUAGCUGGUGCAUUCCGUAAAGGAAAAUCCUUUCUCUUGGAUUUUAUGCUUAGGUAUAUGUACAACAAGGAGUCAUCGUCUUGGAUAGGUGGAACUAAUGAGCCUUUGACUGGGUUUACAUGGAGAGGAGGGUGUGAGAGAGAGACAACUGGCAUUCAGAUUUGGAGUGAAGUGUUCAUUGUCCCCAAGCCUGAUGGGACAAAGGUUGCUGUAUUACUUAUGGAUACCCAAGGUGCCUUUGAUAGCCAAUCAACUAUCAAAGACUGUGCAACUGUAUUUGCUCUGAGCACCAUGACAAGUUCUGUCCAGGUAUACAACUUAUCACAGAACAUCCAAGAAGAUGAUCUUCAGCAUUUGCAGCUGUUUACAGAGUAUGGACGGCUAGCUAUGGAAGAAAUUUACCAAAAGCCAUUUCAGACACUAAUGUUCUUAAUUAGAGACUGGAGCUAUCCUUAUGAACAUUCAUAUGGCUUAACAGGAGGACAAGAAUUUCUAGAAAAGAGGUUGCAGGUAAAGUUACAGCAGCAUGAAGAGCUCCAGAAUGUAAGGAAGCAUAUUCAUUCAUGUUUCAGUAAUCUUGGCUGUUUCCUGUUGCCACACCCUGGUCUUAAGGUUGCAACUAACCCAACCUUUGAUGGGAGGCUAAAUGACAUUGAUGAAGAGUUUAAAAGAGAGCUACGGAAUCUGGUUCCAUUGCUGCUUGCCCCUGAAAAUCUGGUAGAAAAAGAGAUCAGUGGCUCGAUGGUGACGUGUAGAGACCUUGUGCAAUAUUUUAAGGCUUAUAUUAAAAUAUAUCAAGGAGAGGAGCUACCUCAUCCUAAGUCGAUGCUCCAGGCAACAGCAGAAGCUAACAACCUUGCCGCAGUAGCUGGAGCAAAAGAUUCUUACAACAAAGGAAUGGAGCAGGUUUGUGGGGGAGAUAAGCCUUACAUUGCUCCUGCAGACUUAGAGCAAAAGCAUCAGGAUCUUAAGGCGUUUGCUAUAAAACAGUUCCGUUCUGUGAAAAAGAUGGGAGGUGAAGAGUUCUGUCGCCGCUACCAGGACCAGCUUGAAGAAGAGCUCGAUGAAAUCUAUGCAAACUUUGUGAAACACAAUGAUGGCAAAAACAUCUUCUAUGCUGCUCGUACUCCUGCCACUCUCUUUGCUGUCAUGUUUGCCAUGUACAUAAUCUCAGGACUGACUGGCUUCCUUGGCAUGAACUCCAUAGCUACCCUGUGCAACCUUGUGCUGGGGUUAGCGCUUGCCUCCCUUUGUACUUGGGCAUAUGUUAAAUACUCUGGGGAAUUCAGAGAAGUUGGAACACUCAUUGAUCAGAUGGCUGAACUUCUAUGGGAGCAGGUGCUAAAACCUCUUGGGGAUAAUUUGAUUGAAGAUACCAUGAGACAAUCGGUUACAAACUCUAUCAAAGCAGGCCUGACUGAACAGAUGUCUCAGCAUGCCAGAUUAAAGGCAGACUGACAGUUCAUCUCAUCUCAUUCACCUGCCCAUCCUAGACUUGCUUGCUGUACAAUGAGAACUCAAUAAACCAAAGUUUACAUUUGACUGUAGAGAUGUAGUUUAGCCUGACUGGCUUCCCAAUUUGCUGCCAUCAUAUUGUGGGAGGGUGAGAGUUCAGGAAAAGAAAUUGACUGCUUUUAAGACUUCCUCCUUUGCUCACUUCUAAGAGGGACCCAGGUGUUGUGGAGAUGAGAAGGGGGUGUCUUAACUAUGGUACUAGUGUAUUAUGUACCCAGGGAGAUGUGGUGUGGGCCUCUGUCUUAUGGAAACAUAUCCACUCUAAAGGGUUUUUCAGGGAAGUAAUUUUCAAACCUAUACGAGGAAAUCUUUUAACAGAAUGUAUGUAGCCACACAAUGUUCCACUGAACAUUUUAACUUUGAACACUUGUAAACCAUUAACAUGAAUCCAGUUGUCAUAGCAGCAGUGGGCAACUGUGAGGUCAUGUUUGAGCCACUACAUUUAGCUAUUACUUGCUUUACUGCCUUUUCUACCAGUAUUACCCAAAUGCAUGUGUAUUGUUCUCCACAGAAAUUACAUUUAGAGGUAACAAUUGUAACCAAGGAAGCUAUCUUCACGUGUACAUUGUCUUGCCUUUUUAAAUUUGGAGACCUUAUCCUACAGGAUAUGCAUAUUGAGAAAAGAGCUUUUUCUCUGCAGUUUUAGCCUUUGUGUAUAUAUAAUAUGCCAUUAAUAUUACUGGGGGGAGUAAAUCCAUCCAAAAACAAAGACCGUUGCCUACAGCUACAAAGCAAUGAGUUAGGAUUGUCUGUACAGUGUGUCUAGUUAUUUUUUAAGAAACCACAGGGCAUGUAUAAAAUAUAAAUAUAUAAAUACAAUUUUGUAUCAAAGUUUUGUAGUUUAUGGCAAAACCUGGUUCUGUGAUAGGCUAAGUACAGUCCUUGUAAAGGAAUGUUUGUGGCUCAUGUAAAUGUGUGAAUGCAUCAAAACAAUUUGGAGUUUUUUGAUAUAUUUGUGAUAUUUACCUGCCUUGAGCACUGCAAUCUCACCCCAUGGGAAAUCAGUGGGAAUGUUUGUUGUGAAACUUUGUCUUCAGUUGCAUUUUAAAGUUAUUUCCUGUAAUUUAUUUUCCAGUACAUUAUUAAAAUCAAUUGUGUAUAUAUUAAAUUAAA